UUAGUUAGUGUAAAGUUGUAUGUUAGUCCCGAUGAAAAAAAUGGAGAAAUAACCGUUAAAUACCAAUCGGGGGAAUAUAAUACCAGAGAGUUUGCCAAUUGUUAUAUUCUGGAGAGGGUUGAAAUUGAAUAUGAGGAAGUCGAAGCAGCCAGUUCAAGCGAGGAAUUAGCCGCCACCUCCUCCCACACUGCCGAACUCAAAGACCCCCUAGUAGUCGCUUUUGAAAAGAGAGAGGCAAAAAUAAGAUUGAAAUUUUUGGAACGAGUUGAUGAAAUUAACAGUAUUCAUAAAAGUGGUGAUAUCGAGGGGCAUGAAGAAGAUCUCUGGAAAGAAGUGGAAAAAUUAAAAGCGGAAAUUGCCGGCAACUGA